AUUUAUAGUUGAACAAGACCAUACGUCGAAGUGUAAGGGGGAAAAAUUAACUUUAUGAGAGGAAAUGUGACACGUCAAGCGACUAAGGAAACGUCACAUUGAGUUUUCUGACGUCGACAAGAAAAAAAGUUGAACCUUUUUACGAUCAGAUUAAUUUCAAGAUUUCAAGCAAACGGUGUUCAUUAGUGAAGAAAGAUGAAACUAUUCAAUAUUACGAAAAUCGUGAUUAUUGCGACCUCCUUUAUUACCAUUAUAAAAUCAACGGAGCUCGAUAUCACCAGGGUAAGACCAAAAGGAAGGAAUGGAUGGACGCAAGGCAGAGAUUUCUUUAAAAUUCAACCAUCCUUGUCUACUCAGUACGGUGGGAACAACACGACUGUGAAUUGUGCAAAAUUCAAUGCUGACGAGAUUAGUCAUGGUGGCGACCAAUUUACUUGUUCAUGCUCCAACGAGAAUGGCACAUUAAUACUCGAAAACGAUGAGUGGAGAUGCCGACAAAAUUCUCACGUUCGUAAACUGCUAGGAUACACACGACAGAAUACCGUCCAUUUCGAGAACGAGGGCCAUGAGGAUGCAUUACGCAUGCUCACGAAUAGUGAGUUCAGAAGAGUGAAAGUGUGGUGGUUUUGGUUUAAUUGCGGUGUGGACAAAUAUAAAUCUUGGUAUAUUGCAUGCAACGGUUCUGAGAUUCCAUUAAUGGGUGAUCUGCAGCUGUUUACCAUAGAGAGAAGAUACCAUCACAAUUUUCCUUAUUUUCUGAAGGUGAACAGUGGCUCAUCGAAUGCUGAUUUAUUGAACGGAAGAAUUAUCAAGCUUGGUAUUCAGUGCACUGAUAAUGCAAAAAAUCCCCUGAGCACAUUAAUGCUGCUGUUUAAGUACGAGGGCAAAGUGAAUUGUUCGUUAUCAACACCAACCUCUCAACCUAUGGUCUCAACCAAGUCUCUGCGAAACAUUUUCACUUCAAAAACAGCGGCUACAAAAACAACGUCAACAGCAAAGGCUAAAACUUUGAAAACGAAUACUAAAGCAACCACAACAUCAAAGUCAACAGUAACUACAACAGCAACACCUAAAAAGGACACGAAAGCUAUACUAAAGGCUACUGUCUAUCCAAAUCCUAGCCGUGAGCAGAGAAUCGAUAAAAUUUCAUCAUCCAUUACCCUCAUCGCCGGUCUUAGUUCUUUAAUUUUGGUUAUUGUCUUCGUUAUCGUCAUAUUGGUUUACCGGCGUUUCUAUUCAGGCAUGAACCUCUGCGCGAAAAGUGAAACCGUCGAAAACAAGGAAACAGCUGUAGAGAACGGUGAGACAAGCUCAGCGUACGAGCCGGAAAUUGAUGAUGAAAACGUUUACAAAGAACUCGAGUUGAGAGAGCCAGCAGUCUAUCAAAUGCUAAUUCAGUGCAGAGCUGCACAACCAGCUGCCGAUGGUGAUUUUCGUGAAAACCACGUAUACGAAUCUGUAGACAUUGUAAAGGAGCGAAACUUUUAUGGACCUAAGAGCAACCAGAAAACAGCCCAUAAUGCCUCAGGAGCUUCAUAUUAUUACGAUGCAACUGAUAUCAAGAGUUGGCCACAUGGUCCCUUUCGAAUAGACUAUUGCGACUAUAGUGUCAGGGAGGUGCAAUCCUCAGUCCCUUUCCAGGGAUCUGUCGAGGGACCUGAUGAUUAUCUUCAACCAGUGGACGAUGUGUCGGUGAAACCUUACUCAGAAGUUGCUAUAGGAAAUGUCAACUAUGGUUUUAUGUCAACGAAAGGGACAGUUGAUAACGAAUUAGAGGGAUCUGCCAAACUUCACGGUGUGCAAUCUGUGUACAACGUGUUAGAAGAACCGUAUGCUGAAAGCGCAGAAGAACGAAGUUAUUAUGGUCCUUUGUCUUUAGCUAUAGAUGAGCCCAUUUACAGCACUGUGGAAGAAUCUCAGCUUUAUGAUAUUCAAGUGAAAGAUAAUUCCGAAGGUACAUACGAGCCAAUCUACACUACUAUUGAAGAAGAGUCUCGUGAAGGGAACAUAAACAACACACAAUAAAUAUGGUUGUUCACAUAUAGUAUUUAUAAUAAAUUAUAUUUUGACGAGUAAUGAAUAUGCAUCAACAAGUUAAAAUGGGGGAAGAUAUUAGAGGGUUCGUUGCUCCCAAGCAUGGUUUCGUUCUAAGGUGUCUUUGAUUAGUGAGGAGAGGGACCCAGGAAUUGGGUGGGCAGCUUGUAAUUCAGAUGAUAGUAGUGCAUAACAAUUAUCUGGAAGGCCUUUUUGAAUGCCGAGUGCAACCUACUAAAAUUUACGGAUAUUACACUUUACCACUGAGAAUCAAUUACCCACAAACAUAUUUGGCAGUGGAAAUGAGCCUAUUAAUGGACACCAGAAGACGUCUUUCUUGUCUACUAAUUGAGCUGUCUGUGGUCGGAAGCUGAAAUACAUCUACCGUGUAGAGAGUUAUGACCAUUAUUCCAUAAUGCAAGAAUCAAUGAUAAAUGGCGAGGUUUCCUUAGUGGAACCAGUACUUUGACAAUGUUAAUAAUGAAAAAACAGAUGAAUAAAUGUGCAAAUCAUAAUUAUGCGCUAGCUUGAUGGAGACAGCAUUAAAUCAUAUGAGAACUCCAUCCUUCAAUUUAAAUAUAAUUAAUGGCUUAAACGACGUUCAAGUCGUAGUUUGGAGGAAAACAAUUUAAAUCAAUUAACCAAACUAGACGAAUUUGUUUUGUCUAUCAGACUCUGGAGGUCAGUUAGUGAAUGUACGCAAAAUUACUAUACCGCAGCUAAUUUUAAUGGCUGUAUGUUGAUUUAGCCUUGCCUUCAGCUAAAAACAUGAAAUACGGUGUUUUAAGUAAUAAGAGCGACUAACCUAAAUGAU